CAGGCCGGCAGGCCGGUUUCCCCAGGGUGUGCGGGUCCCGCACCGCGGGAGCGCCCCGAGUGGGGCCGGCGCCUGAGGGCCGGACGGGGCUUGGACCCGCCGCCGCUCCCGCCUCCCGGGGCACCCCGAGUGUGGUGGCGGAGAGCUGCCGGGUCUUGCGAAGUUAACCAGCGGCGGCACCGAGCUCCGGGUUGGGGACGCAGAGACCCGAUCCGGCUCCGGCAGCGGGGCCUUCGCCCUCGUAUAGCCCCCUCGGCCUGGAAACCCCACCCGGGCUCCGGCUCGGGCCCUGCCGCCCUGCGCUUCCGGCUCUCGGCUCCCGAGUGCCUGGUCUCCUCGUCGCUGAGCGCGGAGCCCAGCUCAGCCCUUCACCCUGUGAGCCCCGGGGCCCGUCCCUCAUGUGGUGUAUCUACACUUGCCUCUCCCACUGGACUGACACUUCCUGAAGGCGUGGACGACCGUGCCUCGGUGCCUGGCACAGAGUGGACACUGUGAAGUUAAGUGAACAUUGUGACAUAUACUGAGACACCGAGACAUAUAGCCUGUGGAGGUCCAGGAGUGUACCCUGCAAGUGUACCUCACACUGCUCUCUGGCACAUAGUAGGCCCAGAACACUGGCUUAACUGAAUUGGCCUGUGUAGCAUCGUGGAGUCAUGUGGAGCUAGGGCAGGACUACAGGCUGAUUUGCUUGGACCCGGGGCACUUGUCACUGGAGUUGGGGUGGAGGGUGGGAAUGUGCCACCUGAAAAGCAGGGUGGCCAAAGAGGAAGACAGGUCCCUGCGAGGCAAGCCAGGGAUGGGGGAUGUGGGCUGUGGACCCUGGGGGAGUUCUCUGUUGAUGGCCCCACUGAACAACCCUCCCCAAGUCCGUCUCUCUGGCGUUUGACCGGUGGGUAGGUCAUCCUACCAAACAGAAGGGCCUCGGCCCCGGGAGCCAUCUCUGGGGCAUAAAGUUCCAUUCCGGCUCUUGUUCCCUUCAGCAGCCCCCUUCACAUACAUCUGCCUAAGCUUUCUUUUGUGUUUUUCUUGUUCUCUUUUCUCAUAUUUCCCUUUUCUUACAUUGAUUGAUUGAUUGUGCCAUUCAUCUUCCCCCAUCACGUUCUCAGUAUAGAUUUUUAGCAUUUAGAGCAGGAAGAAACUUUAGAGAUUAGCCCAGUGGGGGACCCCUUCAUUUUUACAGAUGAAAAAACUGAAGCCUGCAUAUCAAUCCAGAAACUAAGAAUCGAGCGCCUCCUGUGUCCAGGGCCUUGUCUAGGUACGAGAGGUACACUGAGCAGUGAGACAGAUGUCCGUGAUUUCACCAAAGAAGAGUGUGCUCCUUGUCACCGAGUGACUUCACUGCAAACAUGGGGGGAGAGGGAGCGCCGAGCUUCUGUGUCACAGCAGGGCGCCUGGUGUUCCUUGCACUGGUCCUCAAGCCCUGCUUGUCUGUGGGCCACCUGCACACUCAGGCCUAGCAGUAGACUGCAGAGGCAGCCGAUUGAUCCAGGGAAGGCCUUCGAUCUGUCACAUACAUCCUGGAGUGGGAGUUAACCUGUGGGCUGUCGAGUCAGAUUUCCUGGGUUUAAAUUACAACUUUACUCCAUAUUGAUUACCUGUUACUUAUUGACCCUGUGACCAUCCUCUCUGUACCUGGUCAGGUUAUCUAUCGCUGGGCAGCAAUUUACCCUAAACUUAGUGAUUUAAAACUAUUUCAUUUUAUCUCACGUUUGUAUGGGUCCAAAAUUCAGGCAGGGCUGUGCUGGGCAGUUCUUCAGCUCCCUGCGAUGUCAGCUAAGACUGGUGUCAGCUUGUGGUGGGGCCGGUCUGGGGGUUUACCGUGGCUUUGCUGCCGUAGCUGGUGCCUGGGAAGGAUGGCCGAUCGGCUGGCCUAGCAGAGCCCUUCUCCCACUUCGUCUGUUCUCUCCAUGGGCAUCUUACAGCCGCACCACCGCCCAGGCCGCGAAAUGGGCCGGGGUCUGCGGGUCUCACUCUCACCUGUUCUGUUGACUGUGGCAGAGGCUGCGCAGAUUCGAGGGGAGGGGGCAGACCCUCUUCCCCUUGGGGGGAGCAUCAGAGAAGUUGUGGCCCUCUGUGGUCUGCCAGGUGCCUCACUGUCAUCUCAUUGUCCUCAUCUAGGACCUGAGGGUAAUGUAGUAGCUGUCUUACCAUUGUUCUGAUAAUUAAGUGAGUUAAUGUGUAAAAGGCUUAGAAUAGUGUCUGGUAGCAUAUGGGAAACAUUUGAUGCAUAUUUGUUAUUUUUACUUAUAUUAGUUAUAUACCUUAUUACUUCCACUUGUUAUGCAUAGGACACAUAAGAAACAUAAAUUACCGAUGCUUUUUCUAGAGUUUUUUUCCUAUAAGGGACUUACAGGAUUAACAUCAUGAAGCAAUGAGAGGAUUACACUAAAAAAUACAGAUUAGUCAUACUUUUUAUUGUCAAAGUAAAUUUUGGGAUGAUUUGUAAUUUUGCAUGUCAUCAUAAUUCUAAGAGUCAUCCCAAACAAUUUUCCCUUUAUCGCUCUUGUAUAGCUAGAAAAUGUUUCAUGCAGAUACAGAAUAUUUGCUGCAUUUUGCCCCUAAGUCUGUGGAGGAAGGUUUUGUUUGCGUUUUCCGACAUUCUUUUUCUCAUGGGUGAUAGCAGAAUCUAACACAUAGACUACAGGGUUUAGGAGCCAGGACUUAUUUAAAUCCUGGCUUUCUUUAAAAGAUGUUAUUUAUUUACUUUUAGAGAAAGGGAAAAGGUAGGAAAGAGAGAGAGAGAGAAAAAAACAUUGAUGUGUGAAAGACACUUUGACUGGUUGUCCCCGCAUACCUUUACUGGGGACCUGGCCCGCCACCCAGGCAUCAGACUGGUGACCCUCCAGCUCACAGGUUGGCCCUCAAUCCACUAAGUCACACCAGGCAGGAAACUCCCCAAUUCUUAAUUUCCUUGCAAAGUGGUAAUAUUGAGAUUCUUACAGCAUUAUAGCAUAGGUAAUAUGCUUAGCACAGUGCCCAGCCUAUACUAUGUAGUUGGUAAAUGAUAACCAGUAAUAAUAAACCAAAAACCCUUUCCUUUCCAGGUAGCCAGUGAAGUGGUGUAGGUAAUCAUACUCCGUCAUCUGGCUGUGUGGGGCCUCUGAGGAUUCAGCACUGCGGACAACCCCCCCCCCCCUUUCGGGUGAUUCCGUGAACUCCCAGUGCUGCGGCAUCUCUCUAUGGACGACACCACCGCUGAAUCCCACCCUGACCUCGAACCAGGAGGUCAUGCCAUCACCCAGACCCCACACCCCAGAAACUAAGCUUCCCAUAGAGAAAUGGGGGGAUCAGAAAAGGUCUCCUGUGCCCCGAGCAUGGACCCCGUUGCUGCCCACGGCUGCCACCUGCUGCAGCAGCUGCACGAGCAGCGCAUCCAGGGCCUGCUCUGCGACUGCACGCUGGUGGUGAGGGGCGUCUGCUUCAAAGCGCACAAGAACGUCCUGGCGGCCUUCAGCCAGUGCUUCAGGAGCCUCUUCCAGAAUUCCUCAGGCCAGAAGAAUGAUGUUUUCCACUUGGACAUUAAAAGUGUAAGUGGCAUCGGGCAGAUCCUGGACUUCAUGUACACGUCUCAUCUGGAUCUCAACCAGGACAACGUACAGGUGAUGCUGGACAUAGCGCAGUGUCUGCAAGUCCAGAACGUUCUGAAUCUGUGCCACACGUUUUUGAAGUCGGCCACUAUGGAACAGCCCCCUGGCACCCCUGGUGACAGUGCCUUCUCCCCGCAGAGCACUCUGACUUCUGACACUAACUGUGUCGUCAGUGAGAACUACUCCCCUCCCUUACUGCAGGGGUGUGCGGCAGACGCCCAGCACGGCGAGGUCUUGGACGGGCCGCACUCUCGGGGUCCAGCGUCAGUUCACCUUCACCGCCCUGCAGGUGCAGCCUCAAAACAAGCCCCUGAACCUUUGGAUAGCAGCUGCACAGAACUGCCAUUCAAACAGCCAAGUUACUACUACAAACUCAGAAACUUGUACAGUAAGCAGUACUAUAAACAAGCCACUUGUCCCAGUCACGAGAGACUAAUAGAGCAGCCUUUCAGUGUCAGCCCGUCCACAGACCUGGCAGCCGUGGAAAACCAGCCUUCUGCAGUGACUCAUUCCGAAUGCGCGCUGCCGUCCACCGAGCACUUGCCUUCCACCUUCCUGGCCCAGCCUCCGGGUGACCCUGCCCUGGACCCUGAGGCAGACGACACGUUCCAGCAACCCACCAAACAGAUGAGGCUCAAAAAGGCCAUUCACCUUAAGAAGCUCAAUUUCCUGAAGUCACAGAAAUCUGCAGAGCAGACUUCUGCACCCGAGUUGGAGGAGGGUAUCACAAAGAGGAUCGAUUCUGCUAGUGAAAGCGCUGUAGAGAAAGCGAGCAGUCCGAGUGCUGAAGACAGAGACAGCGAGGAACUGGUCAGUUCUGAGAAUUUUAAUUGCGUUAAGGAAACGGAGAGGCCUGAAGAGCUUGUGGCGCCAGAAGACCAGUCCCAGAUGCUCCAGUCCCAGAGGCAGUACUCGUGCGAAUUGUGUGGAAAACCUUUUAAACACCCGAGCAAUCUGGAGCUUCACAAACGGUCUCAUACAGGUGAGAAACCUUUUGAAUGUAACAUUUGUGGGAAACAUUUCUCUCAGGCAGGUAACUUGCAGACUCACUUACGACGGCAUUCUGGGGAAAAACCGUACAUCUGCGAAGUCUGUGGCAAGAGGUUCGCAGCCUCUGGGGACGUGCAGCGUCACAUCGUCAUCCACUCGGGGGAGAAGCCGCACCUGUGUGACAUCUGCGGCCGAGGGUUCAGCAACUUCAGCAACCUGAAGGAGCACAAGAAGACGCACACGGCCGAGAAGGUGUUCACCUGCGACGAGUGCGGGAAGUCCUUCAACAUGCAGAGGAAGCUGGUGAAGCACCGGGUCCGGCACACCGGGGAGCGGCCGUACAGCUGUGCGGCCUGCGGGAAGUGUUUUGGGGGGUCCGGGGACCUCCGCAGGCACGUCCGCACUCACACCGGGGAGAAGCCAUACACAUGUGAGAUCUGCGACAAGUGCUUCACCCGCUCGGCAGUGCUGCGGCGGCACCGGCGGAUGCACUGUCGGCCCGAUGACGAGGGCCCGGACGCUCUGCAGGAGCUCGCCCACGCCUUGGAGACCUCGGACCUGGACAAGGCCCAGCUCUCUGACUCCUUUCCCCAAGACGUGUCUGUGCCUGUGGUGCCCGCAUCUGCUAAGCCUCCUGGCCACCCAGUGGAAGAGUCGGUGACAGAGUUGGACGGCCACCCUUCCGGCUCCUACUGUAAGUUCCGGUCCUUGACUCAGCCUCACGGAGUCAGUGACCAGGAGAAGCUCGGUUUGGAUCCUGGCAAACUCACCAAGGCCCCGGGGCAGCACGUGCAGCAUCAGGCCUUCGCUUACUCGGCCGUGGACGCCUCCACCAGUGAUGGGCCACUGCCAGCCGAUGGCAUGGUCACAAUCCGCUCCUCUCUGGCCACUUUGGACAAUCACUGCGGCGAGCCUCUGGGUGGCCGGGUGUCAGCCACAGCCUACAGAGACUCGGAAGGCCAGUUCUUCUCCAGCAUGACUCUGUGGGGGCUGGCGAUGAAGACGCUGCGGAACGAAAAUGAGCUGGACCAGUGAUGCUGGUGCUGGCGCUUCUCAGCAUCAGGGGCUCCUCCUGAGUCCAGCAGGCCCUCCUCCAGGAGAGAGCCUUCUCUAUUCAGCCCAGGCACAGCGGGACCAUUUCCCUCCUGAUGCGGCUGUAGCUGGAAGCCUUGUGAGCUCGGCUUGGGAGGGAAGGCCGCCGGCUCACAGGGAAGCGGACUGUAGCGUGGGAGCAGGCGCCGUGGUAGUGGGCACCACAGGAGCCAGAGGCUGGGGAAGCCACUCUGACCAGCCCGUGGCCAGCCGAUGGGGUAUAGACAGCACUAGCUACUGUGCAGUGUGGUCAUGCUAAAGGGAAAAUAUAUAUAAUAAUACAAAUAUUUCUCCAUUUUUACAUGAUUGAAAUUGGUUGCAUUUUGUAUUUUUAUUUACACAGAUUUUAUUUGUAUAUGAAACUCAUACUAUAAUUUAAUUUGAAUAAAUGAAACUUGCCUUCCUAUACAGUGUGU